UUUCAGUUAAAAAUGUCAGACAAUUUUGGAAAGCGGAAACGAGGUGGAAAACGUGAUCGCGGAACUCCAAGACUUCCCAUCAGACGACCACCUUCUGAAGAACCAGCACCAUUAGAACAUCUUACACAAGAGGAAUAUGAACGGAAAAAGACGGACAUUCUCCGGCGGGCUGUCCUUGCAGAAAGUCAAUAUAUUGCACUACGAACACAAUUAAGAGACAACAAAUUUCGAGAAGCAAGAGAAUAUAAGGCCAAUGUUGCCGCCGGAACUGAUCCCGAACUUUUAGCUGCGAAACGAGAAGCUGAAGAUGCGCUCUCCAAGAAACUUGAUAUCAAUCAAGCAAAAUAUGAACUCAAAAUGGCCCAAAUUCUUGACGAAUAUGAGGCCGAAACAGCUAUGAACGAGACUCAACACGAAGAUAAAUAUGUAUAUGCUAAAGGUCGUUACAUUGAUUUUUUCAAAGAGUUGAUAGCAGAAAAGGAGAAACGAGAGCGAGAAGUUGGAAUGCUUCUAGGUGCUUAUCUCACCCUCCCACCACUCGGAAAUGAAACAACUGAAAAACCGGUUUUCAAGGAUGUUGUUUUCAAAGGAAGGCACACGAGAAGCAGGAGCAAAUCCCAAAAACAAGAUGACGAGAGCGUUCCGCAGUCCCUAAAUUGAAUUGAAAAUUGAUCAAGAAUGUGUACACUAAUUACUUAUUUUAUUUAUUUUAUUUCACGGUUAAAUUAAUUGUAAAUACACUGCCUAAAAUUGAAUCGAAAAUUCAAUAGUAACAUCUCCUGUGAAAUGAAAGGAUUUGAAGAUGAUACUUUUCCGAAAUUUAUGAUAUGUUAUAUAAUGAAAUUCGUGAAUUUGCAUAU